AUGGCCCACAACGCCUCCACCUACGCAGACUGCGUCACCUCCCUCCGCUCCUCGCUCAACUUCCUCGAGUCCUCCGUCGCGGCCCUCGACGCCGGCGUCUCGGACCUCCCGCGGUUGUCCUCCGUCCUCCGCCCGACGCGGCACUUUGAGCUGAUCCCGCAGCCGACGCUCGCCGCCGCCGAGGCCUCGCUCCGCGACGAGAUCGGCCCGCAGAUCGCGCUGCUCCUCGACCGCGCCGAGGCGCAGAUCGCCCGCCGCGAGAGGCGCAUCGAGACGCUCCAGGCGCGGUGCGAGCUGCUGCAGGGCCGGCUGGCGCAGCCCGAGGGCGAUGAAGGUUACGGUGCGAGGAAGGGCCACGGGAAGGGCGUCCCCGCGGGGAAGAAGAAGGCGCUGGGCGGGGAGAGCGCGCUGCGGGCGAGGGCCGUGAGGCAGCGGAGGGAGGGGCUGGAGUACAGCGUCGAGCGCCUCGAGCUGGAGGUUCUGACGAAGGAGAGGGAGCUGAGGAAGAGGCUAGACAAGGCGUGA